AGCUUGUCUCCAUACAGUCACAGUGAACUGCGGGGGCCGACAGAGCGGACUGCGGUGGUCCUAGAGAGCGGAAAGCGCCUCUAACCACGAUUUAAGUCCGUCUAAUAUUGACUUUAUUUUCUUUCCACAUACUUUCCUCUGGGAUCUAACUCGAGGAACUUUUUGUGGGUCUUUGUGAAGUUUGGAGCGCCAUUUCCCCCUCCCCGUCCCCGACAUGGACAGUUCGCGAGCCGCUUCGGGGAGCUACUGGCCGACAUCCAUUCACUAGUCACGGGAAUACAACCGUACACUCAACCAGGUGGACUUCUAACUAAAUGUUUGAUGAAGUGCUUCCAAGUUUUGGUAAAUUCUCGGGAGCGGUGGAUUUAUUUGUUCCAAGCGCGGCUAGACACUCGUGGUUCCCGGUUGAAGACAAGAGGGGUGUUCGCUGGUAAAGUUGCGGGGAAAACAUGGAGACUGUAAGUCGGCAGAGCUUCCAGCCUCAUCCGGGACUGCAACAAACUCUCAAGCAGUUUCACCUCAGCUCUAUGAGCUCUCUUGGUGGACCAGCCGCCUUCUCUGCCCGCUGGCAACAUGAGCUUCUUUUCAAGAAGGACGGGAAGGAGCCCGAGCCGGUCCUGCAGCAUCUGCCGCCGCCAGUGAUGCCCGGGCCACUCUUCAUCCCAUCGGACCGCUCCACGGAGAGGUGCGAGACGGUCCUGGAGGGCGAGACCAUCUCUUGCUUCGUGGUCGGUGGGGAGAAGCGGCUGUGUCUCCCCCAGAUCCUCAACACGGUGCUGCGGGACUUCAGCCUGCAGCAGAUCAACUCGGUGUGCGACGAGCUGCACAUCUACUGCUCCAGGUGCACCGCCGAUCAACUGGAGAUCCUCAAAGUCAUGGGGAUACUGCCCUUCUCGGCACCCUCCUGCGGCCUCAUCACCAAGACGGACGCCGAGCGGCUGUGCAACGCGCUCAUCUACGGAGGAGCUUACCCGCCCCGCUGCAAGAAGGAGGCGAGCGGAGGAGCGCUGGAGCUGGAGCUCACCGAGAGGAGCUUCAAGAUCUACCACGAGUGCUUCGGCAAGUGUAAGGGCCUGUUCGUGCCAGAGUUGUACACCAGCCCCAACGCAGCGUGCAUCCAAUGCAUGGACUGCAGACUCAUGUACCCCACGCAUAAGUUCGUGGUGCACAGCCACAAGGCGCAGGAGAACAGGACUUGCCACUGGGGCUUCGACUCGGCCAACUGGAGGGCCUACAUCCUCCUGGGCCAGGAUUACACGGGCAAGGAGGAGAAGAGGCGUCUGGAGCAGCUUCUGGACGAAGUCAAGGAGAAGUUUGAUUUCGCUAACAAGUACAAGAGGAAAGCAUCGUCCAGGGUGUCGGAUCCUCUUCCAAUCAAAAAGCCCAAACAUGAAGACAUCCCGUUACAAUCGCCACUGGCUGACAAGGAGAAGCAGCAUGACUGGCUACAGUCACUUUCCAACUCCAAUAAGGGGUUCAAUUGCAUUCAGCCGAGACAGAGACCAUCAGCUUUUAGACCGUGGUCCCCACACAUCUCUGCUGGUGAUAAGGAACCCUCCAGUCACCCCCUGGCUCUGCUAAGAGACAACUUCUACAACUACAAGAGCCUGGAGAACGCUGUGGCCCCUAAUGUUGCCCUCACACCACUGCCCCUGGGAAAGGUGGGGCCGAUGUCCCCGUCCGUCCCCAGCACAUCACACCCAAGCGCAGGAGAACCCCCAGGAGAGGGCGCCAAUGCCAGUUUGAGACCGCGCAAGAGAAGAGCCACAGGGGAGCUCCAGCCUCCAGCACCAGAAGGUGCUUGCCCUUUGACCUCCACUGGCAGCAAGCACCCACCACUUCAGGAUGACAAAGACUCUGAGGUGGAGAUUGAAGUGGAGAGCCGUGACGAGUUCACCUCGUCUUUGUCCUCGCUGUCGUCACCAUCUUUCACCUCCUCCAGCUCAGCUAAGGACCUGAGUUCACCAGGAGCCCUCGGGUCGACCUGCACUGUCAUGCCUUCCGAGGCCACCACCCUUGCAGCUGCUCCCAUCUCAGCCCCUGUGACCCCUCCAGAGCUGGGACUGGAGUCAGAGCUGGAGAGCUUGAGGCAAGCGCUGGACAACGGACUCGACUCCAAAGAGUCCAAGGAGAAGUUCCUGCAUGAGAUUGUAAAGAUGAGGGUGAAGCAGGAGGAGAAGUUGGGAUCCGCUCUGCAGGCCAAGCGCAGCCUCCAGCAGGAGCUGGAGUUCCUGCGGGUCGCGAAGAAAGAGAAGCUGCGGGAAGCAACCGAGGCCAAGCGCAAUUUGAGGAAGGAAAUUGAGCGCCUGCGAGCCGAGAGUGAGAAGAAGAUGAAGGAAGCCAACGAGUCGCGGAUUCGUCUGAAGCGGGAGCUCGAGCAGGCCCGGCAGUUGAGGGUCUGUGAUAAGGGCUGUGAGGCUGGACGUCUGCGUGCAAAAUAUUCCGCACAGAUCGAAGACCUCCAGUUGAAGCUGCAGCAUGCCGAAGCUGACCGGGAGCAGCUCCGAGCCGACUUGCUGCAGGAGCGGGAGGCCAGGGAGCACUUGGAGAGGGUGGUGAAGGAGCUGCAGCAACAACUUUGGCCCAAAUCCGGCAGCGACAAAGACUCGACAGCCAAGGACAAGGACGUGCAGUCAAAAAAGUAACCCCAGUAGCGAAGUCCCCCGCGUCCCCUCCAUCCCACACACACCUCCAACCCGGCGGGGACCGCAAUACGCCCCAGUGAUCUUCAUGCUUACCCUUGAGUACGACACGUAAGACGCUAACCCGAGAUGGAGAAAAGUGACAACGAGGACGAGGGAGGACGUCAGCUUAAACUCAGACUCGCACCUUCACACUCGCAGAACUAAAAAGUGGAUCACAAGAGGGAAAGAUUAUUGCACAAAAUGUGGUUGUGCCUGUGUUCUGAUAAGAAAAGGAUGCUGGACGUUUAGACGGUCUGUGAUAAUAAAUGCUAAAAGACGAUCAUAUUGUAUUCCAGUCAUCGAGCAGUGGAAAGGAGUUUCCUGCAAAAUCCUCCAUCUUUGUCCCUCGACGUCUUGAGAAAGGUUUUUGAAGACAUCAUAAGCUACAUGGACUACAUAGAGAUGUGUAACGGAACAUACAAGCAAAUACAUCUAAAGAUGAACAGUACAAACUAUCCACAUGUGCCGCCAUGGGGGUUUUUUUGUUCUUGUUUUUAGGGAAGCCAUCGCAGUCAUCCGUGUGACCCCUCGAUUGUUUUCUUCAAACAACGCUCACACCCCCAUGCAAACUGAUGGAAUUGGAUUUUUUGAGGGCGGGGGGGAGGGGAGUGGGGGCAAACGCUUCGGUGACAACACCUUCCAGGAGUGAGCACUUGAUUUUGAAUGAUCAAAGCACAUCCAUCAGUCUUUGUCCCAGUGUUGCUCAGGCUAAGUCCAAUAAACACGGGUCCCCGGCCGCAUUUGCGUCGAAGCGUUUGGGUCAAAACCCAGGGGGUGUUUAAUCUUCUAAAGAUUUAAUAUUCCACAUGUGAGCGUGGCCUUGUUUGACGAAAGCUGGCAUUUAUUUUUCUCCAAUUCAACAUCACUUUCUAACCUUCUGACUGUAUGAGGCACCCUGGGCAAGAAUCAAAUGUUCAUGUUCAUUAAAUUAAGGUAUGUAAAUAUGAUUUUGUUUUUUGGGGGGGGGGGUUUGGACUUAACAAUAAUGAAUCGCACUUUGUCCUAACAAAAUACUGUUUUUAUGCUAUUGUACUCCCACUAUCUUACUUUGAAAACAUCAUCCUAUACAUGAAUGCUACCGUAAUCAUCCAGUUAACAUUUUGUUGCUUAUAUGCAUUCUCUAUGAAAUAUUGUUAUGUUUACUUAAGGCAAAGUAUUGUAAAUAAACCGAAAGAAAAACAAGGCUCUACCUGUUCCUGGCUGAUGUGAGUGUGAAAGCAGGGAGGAAUCAAACGAGUUCACCAAAACAUGCAAACAGAUGACAAAUCAAGAGGGAAACUUAAAUGAACGAGUGAAGAAACGUUUUGUGGCCUUCAACGUCUGAACCCGCUUUUAUGGGCUGUGUUGGUUAAACACCACUUUUACCAUCAAUAAUCCAAAUGAGGACGCUCUUUUUAUUGUUUUUUUCCAUUAAUUUGUCACCAGUCUGUAUGUCAGUGGGGUGAUUUCUCAAAAACAAAAAAAAAAAACGGAAAAAUGAAAAGAGCCUGCACAAACAAUCACAUUUUAUAAAUUGGAUUUUAUUUUGAAAAAAUGGCAGGAAUAUGCUGUGGCAGUGGGUACAAUGCAAUCAGAAUGUACAUGAUGUUAAUGCUAUUUUUCCUUUGAUUGUUAAUGUUUUAAUCGUGGAGAUAUUUUACUGCUUGUCUGUUUAUGUUCACUCUUUUUUUUUGAUAGAAAAUUAAUUUUGUUCAUGCAUGAAAUUUGAGAAAAAGUUUGCCAUUCAUAUUGUCAGUUUUCGGGCAUUUAUACUGUACAUACGAGGGGUUUAUCGUGUUACGCAAUUUGUCUUCUCCAGGAGGAAAAGGUCAUUAAAAGCAACAAAGUGUAUCCACACAUACGUAAAACUAUAUACAGCAUAUAUAUCAAACGCAAUGCUGGACAACCCCAAGUGCCUGACACGGGCAAAAAAGGUUUCCAGAAAAGGAAGGUGAAGAAGAAGCUGUUUGGGGAAGGGAUCAACUACUUUAUGAAAGAAAAACUACACACAUAAAUAAAGGAGCUCCUUUUCUCAUCAGCUCUUUUUUAAAAUCCGCAAUCACAGAACCAACCAGUUUCCUUUUUCAAUGCAGAGAAUAAUUGCUCGAAACUUUUUCGCUCCCCCGCCAAUAAUCGUGCUUUUUAUUCAUUUGCAUGUGCAAACUAUUUUCUAGAAGAUCUUUUUCUAAAAAAAAAAAAAAAAAAAAAGCCACUUGCUUUAGUUUUUCCAUGAAGACUUUGUGGACGUGUGAUCCCAAGGCAUGCAUGUCGAGCAUCGUAAAGAUAUGAUUAUUAUUAUUGAAAGGUUGC